AGAAAUGCUUUGUUUGUUUCAAUUUUGUCUGGCAAUGUAGGACAUGAGGGCCGGAUAGGGAUGGCAGCUGUCACUGUGAAUGAAGGUGCCCAGUUUGAUGGAAGUAGAAUAUAUAACCAUGUGGUUAACUACCUGCCUUCAUAUGCCCGACCUCGCUUUAUAAGAAUACAGAAUGCAGUGGAGGUGACAGGGACUUUCAAGCAGAUGAAAGUGAAGUUAGUGGAGGAGAGUUUCGAUCCAGGGCGUAUCCAGGACCCUAUUUACAUCCUUGAUGGUAAAGAGAAGAGCUACCUACCGCUGACGGCUCAGGUCUACUGCUCCAUCGUAUCAGGAAACAUCAAACUAUGAGUAGGAACUUAGAGUACAAAAAACUGUGCUUUCAGUCCAGCUGCAUUUAUACUUUUGAUAAUGAACCUUCAGCUCAGCGACUAAACAAAUAUUUUUUACUAAUACUCAUAUUAUUUGAGUGUAGUAAAGUAAUAUGGAUAAAUAACACGUAGUAGACGGGAGAUGCUGCUGUUGCUUAAUUCCGUCUAAUAAAGGUGUUAUUAUAAGUGUUGCUUUAUAUAUCGAUAAACAGAUGUAGUGUUUAAUGAGACGUUUCCGGAGAACAAACUUUAAGACAGCGGCUAUUGGACUUUUUCUCAGGUAGUAUCUGAUGUACUAAUGAAUACUUUGCUUAUAGGAAAGACACGAGUAUCAUGUAAAAUGGUUUGAGAGUUUGUAAUGGUACAUUUUUACUUAGUGUAUAUUUCUACUUAGUUUUCUCUGAACUCAGUUGAACUUCAUUGUGUUGGCGUACAUGCCCAGAUGUAUCUUUCUGAUUGUUGCGCAAAAGAAGAAUUCAACCUUGCCGGCGCACAAAGAUAACUGUAACUGUGUUGUAUGAGAAUGUUCCAGCACCAAGGUCGUCCCACCGCUUGUUUUUGAUUGCUGGACGUUUGUUUUUCAUUGUUGUUUCUAUCAGUUUGAGACCAAAAUGUCUGUACCAUUGCCCCCACCGUUGCUCCUUCUGUAAAAAGAAAGUGCGUU